CCCAGCGCGACGUCCUCGGGGUCUAAAGAGGACAUACCCAGGAUCGGUGGUUCCUUCUGGACAUUUCUGGGAAUCGUAAUCGGCGCUGCUGUUUUUUUGACCGUGGUCGCGGGCAUAGGCUUUCUAAUGUAAGUCGCUUCAGACAUAGUGCGAGAGCUCGUAAAUCUUCAUUUGUGCUCUGCCCACUCUCUCCCUACAUCUGACUUUUUUAUGGGCCUAUUGUUCCAAAGACUCCGCCACAACCGUCGCAGGCGCAUCACACGUCGAGCAGGACGCGGCGACAACCUCUUUGCGUCUCACCCGACGCCCUUCGUGCCCGGCCAGCGGCGGUUUGCACUCCUGCGCGACUCUGCCGGUCCAGACCUAAAUGAAAAUGAUCCUUUCGUCGCGACGAGUCCGCGCGUAAGCGGGACGUUCGGCGGCUACGGAAGAGGGGCUGAGAGCCACGGUAGCAGCGGGUACGACUACGACGACGUAGCUGCGGAUGGAGGCCCUACACAUGAGACGGACGCUGCUUUUGGAGGGUAUAGUCGCUAUGCGGGCUACGAUGAUGCGUACAACAGUUACGAUGUACAUGGGCUUCCCAGUGGCGCCGGUGAAGCGCAUGCUGGUCAAGGAGGGCAACACACAAUCUCACAUACGGCGCAAAGCUCAAUGGUUACUGCAACGAAUACCAUCGCUGAUGAGCCGAAAAUGCCUGAGCCACGAGUCCCGGGGACGUAAGCUAUUCGUUAUUAGUGCGAUGGUAGAGAAUGGCUCCGUUGCAUUUGGAUCAGUCACGCCCUCUUCCUGUUCGCCUCAAUGCAUUCUGGAGAUGCUGUGCCCACUGUACAAAUAGCACUACUUCAUGCUCCUGUAUUCCUUUCCACUUGUUUCCCUCGCAACGUGCAACUACAUCAAACCAUGGCCA